ACGACUCUCUCUCUCUCUCUCAGAUGUGCGGCCAUGGUAUUGGCCGCAGCGCAUGAGAGAGAGAGCUGGGAGAGGCCAAAAUUGGUCUGGUCGCUCCGUCCGAUCUAUAUGUACACCACGGAGGGCGCUCGGGUGUAAAAAUAGACAGUUGUUGCUGCUGCUCCUCCGAUCUUCUUCCCUCUUCUCCUUUCCUUCCUCCCAGCCGCGCGUGCGGAGGGAAGAGGAAGAAGAGAUUAGAAGGGCGCGGAAAGGAGAAGCUACAUUCAUUAGCUAAUAACUAGGAAAAAAAACAAAUUUAGCGUCGGCUGGGCAGACGGUGGCGGCGCGCGGGGGGAGCGAGCUUCCACGCGCCCUUCUCCCUGCCUUCAUCUGCUCCAUCUGUUCAAGAACACGCCAGAGAAUUCAAGUGUCGCAUUGCACUUGCACUCCGUCGAGCGGUCGAGCCCCGAUCCAUGCCUGCGCCUGCCCCUGCCAUCGCCGUCGUCGUGCCGCCGCCGCCGUCGCCAUCGCUUACAGGUUGCGACGGCUGCUACUGACUGAUCGCUCUGGAUGUAGCUAUAGGUACCUCUCGAUUGGCGUGCUGUUCUGAUAACUUCUAACGAGCCUCGAACACAAAACAAAGAAGCCGCUCUGCCACCGGCUGCCACUGGCGCUGGAGGCAACGACCGCUCGUUAGCCAGGAUGGCAAUCGCGGUCGGCCAUUUCCACGACCUCAAGCCCCCCGCCGUGCGGGACCGGCACUACAGCCUCCACUCCGUCGCGCUGCUCGACAGCCUGCUGCUCGACAGGGAUCAUAGGGAGCACGGGGAUGCCGCCGCCGCGGCCGGAGGGGGCCACACCGGCCUGUCCCCGCGGCGCCGGAGCCAGUCCUCCCCGUGCUUCACGACCGUCGCGCCUGCCGGCUCGGAGCACGCGGACCAGUCCGAGAACAAGAUGCCGCGCGUGGAGAUCGUCGUGGGCCGCCACGCCCGCGGCGUGCGCGAGCUCAUCGCGGAGGCCGCGGUCGCCAUCGCGUCCGGGACGCGGCUUGUCCCGGCGCAGAGCGGCCUCGGCGGGGCGCUGCUGCUCAACGGCAGCCGCGCUGGCGAGCACGUCGCUGUCAUCAAGCCGCUCGACGACACUGCGGCCGCGGGGUCGUCGCCGGCGAACGGCGGCGGGUACGCGAGCAAGACCGUGCUGCGAGAGGUGGCCGCCUUCCUCCUCGACCACGACGGUUUCGCCAGCGUGGAGCCGACCGCGUUGAUCAAAAUCUCGUCCCCCGCGAUGGCGACGACCGUGGCAUCGAUCCAGCGCUUCGUGGCGCACGAGUACGACGCCGGCGAGCUGGGCCCGUCGCGGUUCUCCGUGGCUUCCGUGCACCGCGUUGGCAUCAUCGACGUCCGCCUCCUCAACAUCGACCGCCACGCCGGCAACAUCCUGGUCAAGAACCCGCCAAGCUCCCAGCGCGCCGACAGCAGCCCAUCCGCGCCGCCGCGGCUCGACCUCGUGCCGAUCGACCACGGCCUCUGCCUGCCGGAGCAGCUCGAGGACCCGUACUUCGAGUGGCUGCACUGGCCGCAGUCCUCCCUCCCCUUCUCCGACGACGAGCUGGCGUACGUGGCGUCGCUGGACCCGUUCAAGGACGCCGAGACGCUCCGUGCCGAGCUGCCGUCCCUGAAGGAGCCCGCCAUCCGGAUACUCACCGUCUGCACCAUCUUCCUGAAGCGCGCGGCCGCUGCGGGGCUCUGCCUCGCUGACAUCGGUGACAUGAUGACCCGCGAGUUCACGGCUCAGCAGGAUGUGCUGAGCACACUCGAAGCGCUAUGCAAGCAAGCGCGUGACUCCAUCCUCCUCCUCCCACGCCUGCCCUCCUUCCGACACCCCUCGACCGACGGCGACGGCGUCGACGAGGGUACAGCCGUCUCCGGCGGGCGGAAGCACGUGUCGUUCGGCGACCUGAGCUUCGCGGAGUGGGUGUCGUUCCUGGAGAGGUUCGAGCAGCUGCUGCCGGCGGCGCUAGAGGCCAAGAAGCGCGCUGGGCUACGGACGUCGUCGUCGUUCUGACUUCUGAGUUUCUGACCGAAGCUGACCGUACCACGUACUAGUCAACCACCACCACCAUCACCGUUUGCAUGCAUGCGUGCGUGCGUGCGCGCUUGCGUGGACGCAGUAUUUGUACACGUGUGCAUGCCAGCUUGACGGGUAACUGACGUGUAUGUAGCUACUAGCUCGGAUCUGGAUGUCUUUUGUGUCUACGUAGGGUACGACGAGGAGACGAUACUGUAAGGUGGCAUGCAUGCUCUAGGGAGCUGUUCUGGAACACCCUUCCAAAGACGCUGACGUGUCGAGCAAUGCCAUCCGAUACUAUGGACAGCAAGUCAGCAACGAGCCAACGACUCCUCCAGUCCUCCCCCGGCAGGCGUGUAUCUGCCAUUAUUAUAUACACAACAUAAGUACUCAGAAAAUUGUAGGUAACGUAGUUCGAUCACUGUGGAUUUUCCGUAAUGACGGCCACACACCGGAAACAACACAUGGCUAUAGAAUAAAAACCCGUGCUUUUUGGCGGGACUAUAUUAGAAAGCAGAUAGAAAUGUAUAAAUAUUACCUUUGGAAAUACAUGUGGAGGAAGCUGAUGAAGGUGUGUGAUGGCAGAA